AUGCGUUUCACCAGCACCAUUUUCGCUCUUUCCUCCGUCUUCUUCACAGUAUCCCUCGCUGUCCCUACUAUCCAAACCAACAAUCCCACCACCAUCGGCAACGUCGAAAGAGCAGUCGGACAUAUCACCGACCUCCACUAUGACACCCCAAAACGCGAGAUUCACCAUGCCGCUUCCGCGUUCGACACCGCGCUUACGCGUCGUACCGAUGACAACCCGCUCGUCAUCCAGCUCACUAGCAGCAUCGAGAAAGUAAAAGAGCACACCGCGUGCAUCAACACUACGGUUGCCGGCGACCUCUCUAACAAAGACGAAGUCAUCUCCUCUAUAAAGGGCGAGGUCUUGACUAUCAUCCAACUCGUUAGCGGUAUCUUCAGCGAAGUUUCUGGGUUUCUAUCGGGCGGGAUCGAAGUCAGUGAUGAGCUCAAGACCCACGUUAGCGGCCUUUGUUUCGAACUCCUUCUUGAGAUUCUGUUCACCCUGAAGGCAUGCAUUGACGCUCUCAAGAUCUCUAUCUUCGAACUCCUUGGUUCUUCCGUCUUCCUUCUUCUUUCUGUCUGCCUUCAGUUGAUUACGAGCUUGGAUGUCUGCGUUGAGGGCGUGCUUUCUGUUGUGUUUGGCCUCCUGGGUGGCGUCUCUGGAAUCCUCGGUGAAGUUCUUGGGGGUCUGCUUGAUUCAUUCCGUGGCGUUUUGGGCGAUGGUUUCAACCUUAUUAGUGGUGCUCUUGGAUGUCUCCUCUAA